GGCUGGAGAAUGACGUGGCAUGGUUGUUAACCAGCUAGUAAGCCGUUGGUCUUGGUGAAGUGAACACAGCAGCCGUCCACUCACUCACUCCUCCUGGAUGUCAAUGGAGGUCUAUACGCAGCCUGGGAGUGUUGCAAUCAUCGUUUCCCCCAAGAACAAGACUAAAACGACUACUACUCCAAUUAGGAGGAAUUUCAUGAGAUAUCAUCAUCAUCCCGUUCAGACCCCUUGCCGUUCGGUGUUGGGCAGGACGUCUGCGACAACACCCAUACCCAUAGCGGAUGGCGGGAAAUUGGUGGUGGAGCUGGUUGGGACCUUCAACGAACUGACGGAGAGGAUGAAGAGCAAUAACCAUGACCUCCUGCUCUUCAAAACCCUCAAACUCUGCCUCCCCAUUUUGCAGUCUCUGCCUCUUGCUCCCGACGGCCGAUCCCCUCUCUCCCGUGCCCUCUCCGUUGCUCUCCUCCUCGCUGAUCUUCAGAUGGAUGCUCAAGUCAUUUCCGCUGGCAUACUGAGGGAAGUUGUGGAGGGAUGUGGCAUCAGUAUGUUCCAGGUCAAGGAUCGUAUUGGUAUCACCACUGCUCAUUUGUUACAUGAAAGUUUUCGCCUCAACACCCUUGCUUCCAAACUGGAGACUUUUGAUGAUGAGACCGCUUCGGCUCUUAGGAAAUUCUGUCUAACCUACUAUGAUGUUAGGGCCUUGAUUCUUCAUCUUGCUGUCAAGCUUGAUAUGAUGAGGCAUCUAGACUACCUCCCAAGAUACCAGCAGCAGAUGCUCUCUCUAGAGGUUUUGAAGAUCCACGCCCCUCUAGCCCACGCUGUUGGGACCAAUUCUCUCUCCCUUGAGCUCGAGGAUCUCUCCUUUCAGUACCUCUUUCCAUACUCCUAUCUUUAUCUGAAUACUUGGUUAAGGAGCCAUGACACCGGAAUCAUACAUGAGUUGGAGGAACAGCUGCUUCACUUGUUGAGGUCGGAUGCCAUCUUAGCGGAAAUGGUGGAUGAAAUCUCAGUUGAGGGUCGGUUUAAAAGUCACUAUAGCACUAUGAAGAAGUUGUUGAGAGAUGGGCGCAAGCCUGAGGAGGUAAACGACAUUUUAGGACUGCGAGUCAUAUUAAAGCCUCGUUGUGAUUCAUCGGAGAAAGCAUGUUAUAGGGCACGUGCAGUUAUCCAAUCUUUGUGGAAGGAGGUGCCUAGCAGAUCCAAAGAUUAUAUUUCAAGGCCCAAGGCGAAUGGUUACAAGAGUCUGCACAUGGCGGUUGACGUCAGUGGCAGUGGUAGACCUCUGGUGGAGAUACAAAUAAGGACAGCAGAGAUGAAUUUGCUUGCAUCUGAUGGAGCAGCCUCCCAUGCAUUUUACAAAGGUGGUCUUACCAAUGCAGAAGAAGCAAAGCGUCUCAAGACCAUUAUGAUUGCUGCUGCUGAGUAUGCUGCCUUGCGCCUCAAGGAUUUUACUUCCACAAACUAUAAAGGCUAUGAUAGCAAAGACCGUAUCUUCCGUCUUCUUGACAAGAAUGGAGAUGGUAAGAUUAGCAUUGAGGAGCUUACAGAAGUAAUGGUGGAACUUGGUGCACAAGGAGAUGAUGCUCGGGAGAUGAUGCAACUUCUUGAUGCCAACAGUGAUGGUUCACUCAGCUCUGAUGAAUUUGACAUUUUCCAAAAGCAGGUUGAAGUGAUGCGUGGCUUAGAAGAUAGAGACGAUGAAUACAAGAGCUUGUUAAACGAGAAGCUUCAGGGGGCAGAUGGAAGUGGUCUGAUUCAGGUGUACAGGAAAGAACUUGAAGAUAGGCUUUCAGUAAGUUAGCCUUGCUCUAAGUAUUUGAUUGCCGACGUUUCAUUGUGGCAUAUAAUUGUAUUCGUUGUUGCCGGUAUGAUUUAGUGUAUAUACUUGGUUUUAGGAAAUUAAAAAUGAAUACAUGCAUAUUUAUUUAUAUGAAAUGUUAACUUAAGAAACAGUUGCAAUUACGAGUGGCAAAUCUUGACAUGGUCGCAGCAGCAUGAUAGAUUCCGAUCAAUUCAUUCGGUAGACUCCAUUCAUUAAAAAGUUGCGCAAACCAAACACAUUCUUAGAUUUAUCUCCCUUCUCACCAUCUUUUACCUCUUAAUCUGCAUGCACUCUGCCCCAGUGAAGAAAGAACCACUACUGACAUUGGAAAUUUAGCAGAUUUCUAAAAGCCCUAUUAUUGAAUUUUCUUUUGAAUUCCAUUGCCCUAAUUCACCGGUUUGGGCAAGAUUCAGAAUUGACCAGAAAGAAAUAUCCAGAAAAUCCUUGAAGAAACAACAGAAAUACAUAGAAGCAAGGUUUUGUUUUUUACAAACAAAAAAGGAGAGCAAGAAUGCAAAUCCAUAAACAAAUAGAAAACCAGAGUUCAUGGAACCAAAAUUCAAUAAAAUAAGUGCACACAAAUAAAAAGAGCACAACUUAACAAUGUGUUAAGAUCCCGGAAACGACUGUGAUCUAAGGGUCAUCACAGUAUGCUUCCGUCUGAACAUGCAAGGAAAUACGUAACGAAGAUCAGUCUUCAAGGGUAUAUCGUAGUGGUUAAGUGACAUGCUCCACAACCAAAAGGUUGGAGUUCAAAUCCUGUAGAGUGCAAGUUGUGGUGUGUAUUUAUACUAGAAAAUCUAAUCUAGGAAUUGCUGAUAAAAAAAAAGAUAAUCAAGUAUCAGGCACACAAACUUUCACUAGUAGAAACGUUACAUAACUCUUACUAACACAGGUAUAAAGAAACAAAUAAUACAGAAGUACAACAAGAAUCCCUCAAGUAUGUGAGUUGUCUUCAAUGGCAGAGGAUUGAUCUUGAUACAGACUUUCUGACUUCUCAGGAUGAUUUACCGUCUUCAUCAUCCGGGUGUAACAACUCACUAUUUCUUGGUCCAACUUAUAGUAGUAUGGCAUUUUCUCAAGAGGUUUCAUAUCCAGAUCAAUAAAAGAUG